AUGGUGUUCGCAGACCUGCUGGAGCAGGUGGGCAGCAUAGGUCAUUUCCAGUUGAUCCAUGUCACCCUGCUCUCCGUGCCCAUACUCAUGAUGGCAAGCCAGAACUUGUUGCAGAACUUUGUAGCAGCCGUGCCUUCACACCACUGCACUGCCCAUGCCAACUUGUCUAAUACUACAAGGAGUCUAGCCGAGACCCUGCUGCUCAGCGUGCCCCUGGAUGGGCAGGGUAAACUGGAACGCUGUAGACGCUAUGUGAAACCACAGUGGGACCUAGUGGGGAAGAACAGCUCAGAGGACCUGGAAAAGAAAGAAAUUGAGAUGGAGGGAUGUGUGGAUGGCUGGAGCUAUAACAUGACUGAGAUGACCUCAACCAUUAUUACAGAGUGGGAUUUGGUGUGUAAUGUGAGAUCUCUGAAGGAAAUGGGGCAAACCAUUUAUAUGGGAGGGGUGCUUGUGGGAGCAUUGGUCUUUGGGGGACUAUCUGACAAGUUUGGCCGGUGCAUUUUGCUCACAUUCUCUUACCUGAUGAUGGCAGUUUCAGGGACAUGCACAGCCUUUGCAUCUUCUUUCUCCCUCUACUGUCUAUUCCGCUUCGGCUGUGGCAUGGCCCUGUCUGGGAUAAUCCUCAACUCCUUCUCCCUCAUUGUGGAGUGGAUCCCCACUCGCAUUCGGACCAUGGUGGGAACAAUUACAGCCUACUGUUACACUACUGGGCAGCUGAUCCUAGUAGGGGUGGCUUACAACAUCCGAAACUGGCGCUGGCUCACUCUGGCUGUCUCUCUACCUUUCUAUUUCUUCUUCCUCUACUCUUGGUGGUUCCAUGAGUCUGCAAGAUGGCUAGUUAUUGCCAAGAAGCCUGAAAAGGCAGUUAAAAACCUCAAAUCUGUAGCUCGGAUUAAUGGCCGCCAAGCUGAGGGUGACAAAAUUGAUCUGGAGAUACUGCAAGAAUCCAUGAAGAAGGAGAUGGCUUCCUCACAGGUCACUCAUAGUGCUGUGGAUCUUGUGCGGACACGGACCAUGAGAAACAUCACCGUGUGUCUCAGUGCAGUGUGGUUCUCGACAAGCUUUUCCUACUAUGGCUUGGCAAUGGAUUUACAGAAAUUUGGCGUGAACAUAUUUUUGAUUCAGGUGAUCUUUGAUGUUGUGGACAUUCCAGCCAAAGUUGUUAUAACCAUAGCGAUGAGUAUGAUUGGACGCAGGCUGUCCCAGUGUGCAUCACUUGCAGUGGCUGGUAUUACUAUUCUCAUCAAUCUGCUCCUGCCUUAUGAACAACAGACUUUGCGUACCUCCAUGGCAGUACUCGGCAAAGGUUGUCUGGCUGCUUCCUUCACCUGCUGUUACCUUUACUCAGGCGAAUUAUAUCCCACAGUGAUCAGGCAGAGUGGCAUGGGAUGGGUGAGCAUGAUGGCUCGUCUCGGGGCAAUGGUGGCUCCAAUGGUGCUUCUGCUUUCCGAUGUAUUCGUCUGGCUUCCGGGUUUAAUCUACGGAGGAGCUCCUAUCUUCAGUGGAAUCUUUGCAUACUUCCUUCCUGAGACUCGAAAUACUCCACUUCCUGAUACUAUCCAAGACGCUGAGGAAAGGUGA